GUGCUUUUAUAUUUUGAAUUGAUUUUAUAUGUAAAAAUCAUUUGUUUUAUUUUCUAUGACGUCGACCCGAACCCGACCAUUGAAAUCCAUUUUUAGAACCCGAGUUCAUAAGUAGCCCAUAUUUAAAAAACCCUUUCAUCCCCUCCGCAAACACUGCACAACGACAGUGCAAUGUUGAUCCAACGUUCCCUUCCGCUCCGAGCUCUACGCCACCGUCUCCGUCACUUCUCACAGUCCGCCGCCGCCGCUGUCUCCGUCCCUACAGAGCCGCCGGUCCCGGAACCCGUAAAUCUCACAAACACAGACGGGUUGCCUAAACCCGACCCGAAGUUCGCGGAGACCAUUCAUGCAAUCCCGCGAGCUAUCUCCGGCAAGAACAUAUCCGCCAAGGAGAGGAAAGCGGGGCGAGUUCCGAGCAUUCUAUUCGAGCAAGAGGAUGGACAGAACGGAGGGAACAAGCGGCUCAUUUCCGUGCAGACGAAUCAGAUCAGGAAGCUCGUUACCAAUAUGGGCCGGGUUAAUUUUCUGUCCAGAUUGUUUGAUCUUGAGCUCCGACCCGAAUUCGAGUCCGGGGAAAUCAUUGAGAAAGUUCGAGUCUUGCCUAGGCAGAUUCAUCUACAUGCAGGCACUGAUGCUCCUCUCAAUGUCACCUUCCUAAGAGCUCCAUCAGGUGCUCUACUUAAGGUUGACAUUCCCAUUGUCUUUCGUGGUGACGAUGCCUCCCCUGGGUUGAAAAAAGGUUCUUACCUGAACAUCAUCAAGAGAACAGUGAAGUUCAUCUGCCCGGCAGAUGUAAUUCCUCCCUACAUAGACGUCGAUCUGAGUGAGCUGGACGUCGGGCAGAAGAUAGUAAUGGGGGAUCUCAAGGUUCAUCCUGCUCUGCAACUUGUUCAACCUAAGGAUCACCCUGUCUGCAAGAUCAUGGGUGGAAGGGUUUCUGACCAAAAGAAAACCAAAUAAGUUCUGAUUUUUUUGUUCAACUCUUUUUCCUCCCUUCUUUUUGGCUUCUGAAAAUUUUGGAUGAUGUAAUUUUCUACCGUCUUAAGCCUCCAUUUGUUGUUUGCUUUGAGGAAAAGGGUUCUCCCAUAAAAUGGAGAGACUGAUGGAUAUACUUUAUCAAGAAAUGUUCAUUUGUUAAUGAAGUCUCAAUUAACUGCUGUGAAAUAG